AUGUCCACUCCGCAGACGCUCACACAAGCGCUGCCACCACACCAGCAUUUCGACCACCACCGCCAGACAUACCUCCCCUCACCCCAAGAACGGUAUCUGCCGCCGCCGAGGCCAAGCAGCAACAUCAAUUUUCACCACAAUUCAAUACCGACCAGGCCGACCAGCAACGUACAGCUUCAUCCUUUGCCGCCCCCACCACGCUCACAAAGCGGCAUGAGCAACGGCUAUACUAGCAGCCACGGCCAAGCAAGAGGAGGUGCUGAGUACGGCUCAUAUCACAACAGUGACCUAUCGUCACUGCAGCAGCAGCAGCAGCAGCACGCAAGUGGAAGAGACGAGAUCGCAAGGACGAAUAGUGCGGCAAGUCGGUACUCGAGAACAUUACCUCAGCCGGAUCCACGUCACGAAGCACGUGUGCAGCAGCAACCAGUGACGUCUGCAGCUCAAACAUCUUACACUGCCACAGCAGCAGCACGUGCUGAGGCGCAACAAUCUAGUAUGGAGAGAAAACGAAGAAGAGACAAAGACGUGGAUUGGGAGAGCUACUAUGGCGGCUUGGCACCAAAAGAGAUCAUUGUCAUCCACGACGAUGAUAGUCCGGUGCCAGAGGACACACAGGCUGGAGCACAGCAGCAGGUACCACAAGCACGACCACUGCCGCAGACGAACGGCACUUCGGCACCACAUCACGUCGACAAGAGACGGCGGGUGAAUGCUGUUGGCGCUGACAUUCCAAACUACAGCGCCACCAACACGCCCUACUCCAAUGGCAAAUCCACAGACAGUCUCGUCAACACGACCGCACCAACGUCACUCGGCUCGAAUGGUAGCACCAGCAGCAGACUAGACAGCACGCAAACUGGCCAGAAGCGGAAACGAACAACGAGGACAUCCGAAACCGAGCGCAAGAAGCAGGAGACUGAGCGAUCGGGCCCGAGAGGCUAUCUGGCAGAGUAUGGAGAGUAUGUGCCGCCACCGAAGCAGUAUAAGAAGCAGAAGGAGGUCCAGGUGCCUGUCCUGCAUGAUCGACAUAAGACGAAUGAGAAGAUCGAUGAUGAGGAUGGUCAUUAUCUUGUUCACGAGAAUAGUCGAUUGGGUGAGAAGUAUACUCUGCUCGAUCUGCUUGGCCAAGGCACCUUUGGCAAAGUAGUCAGAGCUAUGGAUUUGAGGUCGAGGAAGGAGGUGGCUGUGAAAGUUAUUAGGGCUGUGCCGAAGUACCGAGACGCCAGCCGGAUCGAACUUCGUGUGUUACAGACCCUUCGCUCAGCAGACGAACACAACCGAAAUCGCUGUAUCCAACUCCGCGACUGCUUCGACUGGCGAGGUCACAUCUGCAUCGUCACACCCCUCCUCGGCCUCUCAGUCUUCGACUUUUUAAAACAAGGCGGCUUCGUACCCUUCCCAGGCUCGCACAUCCAAGCUUUCGCACGACAAUUACUAGGCUCCAUUGCAUUCCUACACGACUUGAAUCUCAUCCAUACGGACUUGAAGCCGGAGAACAUCCUUCUGAUCAGCCAUGCCUACCAGACUUUCACAUAUAACAGGAAUAUUCCAGCAUCUUCGACAUUGAAUGCCAGGAGUGCAAAGUUCAGGAAGGUGUUGCUUACGCCGCAGAUCAACCUGAUAGAUUUUGGGAGUGCGACGUUCGAUGAUGAGUAUCAUAGCUCCGUUGUGAGUACGAGGCAUUAUCGGGCGCCGGAAAUCAUCCUCGGAAUCGGCUGGUCGCACCCCAUCGACCUCUGGUCCCUCGGCUGCAUCCUAGUCGAAUGCUGGACCGGCGACGCCCUCUUUCAAACCCACGACUGCUGCGAGCACCUCGCCAUGAUGGAAGCCGUCAUCGGCUCACCCAUAGACAAAUCCCUGAUCAAAGAAGUGAACCGCACGAGCAAACGCGGUGACCGCAAUUCUCCCGCCCGCUUCUUCAAGAACUUGCACCUCGCCUACCCUUUACCGGAUACACCGCGCCAAAGUAAACGUUUCGUGCGAGGCAUGAAGAGGUUAGAGGAUAUCAUCCCCGUCCCGCAUUCUUCUUCUGGCGCACCGGCCGCUAGUGGGAGCCAGGCGCGCUUUAACCAGUUGUUUUUGGAUCUGUUGAGGAAGAUUUUCGUGUAUGAUCCCAAGAAGAGGAUUACGGCGCGCGAGGCGCUGAAGCAUCCUUGGUUUGAGGAGUUGGUGGAGGAUGAUGGGACUGAGGCCGGGAGGAUUAGGGUGGAGAGGGAGAGGAUUGAAAGGGAACGGGAGAGCGGGCAGGGACAGCAGGCUAGGGCGGGUGCGACGGCGGCGCAGGGGGGGUAUGCGGGGGGUAGGCGGUAG